AUGUUAAGAAUUUCAAUCAAAUUAUAUUUAUUUUUGUUUUAAUUGAAGGUAAAUUAAAAUUCAAGUCUACAACUAAAAUGGGGGUUUUUAAAAAUUCAUGACCAUCAUCCUACAUCCUUUGAGAUUUAUCCCCUUCGAAAUUAUUAUUACUCCAUAUAGCAAUUAGAUUGCUAAAUGCUCUACAUAGUGGAGUUAAGAAUCCUUCAGAUUUUUAUAAACUAAUCUAACAAGAGACUAACACCCGAUUAGACUACAAUGAGAGUUUAGCUGAAACCAUAUAUCUGUGGGAUGACCAAAUGA